GAUACAGAGCAGUACCAGAACACAUCUGCAGGCAUGAGACUCUGCGUUCUCUGGCUCACAUUCCACCUGGGGUUCAUUACUGGAAAAUCCCUUGCGACAAAAGCUAUUAUCACAGUGGGUGGCAAUGAUCCUGGGAAAGAAUGUAUCUUCCCCUUCAAGUAUGAGGAUAAGAUGUAUUUCCAAUGCAUAAUCAAGAACAACAACAACAUUCCCUGGUGUGCGACAACCAGUGAUUAUGCCAAGGACCAAAAGUGGGGAAACUGCGCUAUCAUUGGUUCUCCUACCACUGGUGGAAACAGCAACGGAGCUCCCUGUCAGUUCCCCUUUACCUACCAGAAUAAGCAGUACUACUACUGCACUACUUAUAAUGAAGGAUCAAAACUUCCCUGGUGCGCUACAGUCUCUAAUUAUGAUAAAGAUCCAAAGUGGGGAUACUGCCCUACAUCAGGUAUUGUCACAGAGGGUGGCAAUGAUCCUGGGAAACACUGUGUCUUCCCCUUCUACUAUGGCAAGGAGCUAUAUUUCCAGUGCACAACCAAUGACCAUGAUCACCUCUGGUGUGCAACCACCAGUGAUUAUGACACAGAUGGGAAGUGGGGAAACUGUCCGGAAAGUGGUAUUGUCACAGUGGGUGGUAAUGAUCCUGGGAAACACUGUGUCUUCCCUUUCUAUUAUGAGGACCAGCUGCAUUUAAAAUGCACAACCAAGAACAAUAACCACAUUCCCUGGUGUGCAACCACCAGUGAUUUUGCUAAGGACAAAAAGUGGGGUAACUGCCCUUUCUCUGGAUCUCCUACCACUGGUGGAAACAGCAACGGAGCUCCCUGUCAGUUCCCCUUUAUCUACCAGAAUAAACAGUACUACUACUGUACUACAGAAAAUGAAGGAUCAAAACUUCCCUGGUGUGCUACUGUCUCCAAUUAUGAUAAGGACCCAAAGUGGGGAUACUGCCCUACAUCAGGUAUUGUCACAGAGGGUGGCAAUGAUCCUGGGAAACAAUGUGUCUUCCCCUUCUACUAUGGCAAGGAGCUAUAUUUCCAGUGUACAACCAAGGACCAUAAUAAUCUUUGGUGUGCAACUACCAGUGAUUUUAACACAGACCGGAAGUGGGGGAACUGCCCUGACAGUGGUAUUGUCACAGUGGGUGGCAAUGAUCCUGGGAAACACUGCGUUUUCCCUUUCUACUAUGAGGACCAGUUGUAUUUCCAAUGCACAACCAAAAAUAAUAAGAACAUUCCCUGGUGUGCAACCACCGGUGAUUUUGACAAAGACCAAAAAUGGGGAAACUGCCCUGUCUCUGGUAGUGAAGAAGAUGCACCCUGCAAAGCAUAAUGAUUAGUGCAUCAGCUUGUCCCAGAUUUAGAGGACAUCUUGAAUGCUAAAAAAAACGUUCUACAUAUGAAAUCACUGAAUCAUAAAAUCAUAUCUGGAAGUGAUUUUUUCCUAUUUCUUGUUCUUUACCAUUUUCACAUGUAUCUUUAAAAACUUUUAAAAAUUGGAGUUAAAUAAAACAAGCUACUUCAUUGAAGUUCAGAUGUUCUUCUGUUGAGAUUCCCUACAACCUGACAUGAGGAUAGCCUCACUAAUAGGAACCAGAUCACAACAUCAAAUGAAUUAAGAGUGUGUCUUAGAGUCAGCCUUCUGCACUUAAGGACAGUUCUUGAACAAAGUGCUAUGUACAUUUUUAGAACUGGAAAUAAAAGACCAUGCAUAAAUUGAGGGAAAGCAUGACAGACAAGUAAUUUCAAAGAUGUUAGAAAGAACAGAAGUAUUGUAAAGUUCCAGUUAUUUUGCAUUAUAGUAGAAUGUGAUUUCCAGCACAAAUUUAAAUAAAUUAAUUGAUUACAGCAGCAUUAACUGCUGUGUCAUUCCUCCAAUAAA